GGCCUUGCAGAAAAUGAGUGUAUAUAGGUGAAGUAGCUACAUGUGUUUACGUGAAUCAAUGGUGUCUUUCUGCAUUAGCGUUUCUCUACCUGUUUGGUUGCAAGAAUGGCACGUAUGCAUAAACGUAGAAACGGACUACUUGCGGCAUUCGUUAGAAAGCUAAGACACUCCGACAUGCAGUCUACUCUAUUCUAGUCAGUGCUAUGUGUCACCCACUUACCCUUUCUGCUUAAAGCUUGGCGGAAAUACCGGUACUACAUGUUGGUGAUUAAGCAGUUUUAAAACGCGUCAUAUUAUAUUUUUUCCACUGUUUUGCCAGUAACUGAGCAAACAUGUCUCUAAAAACUGAUAUACACUUCUAUUACAAUGAUAUGAGCCCACCGUCUCGAACAGUAUGGAUGCUGUUGCAUGAGUUGGAUUUGCAGUAUACUGCACAUAGCUUAAAUCUUCGCGAUGGAGAACAGAAAACCGAGGACUUUGCAAAAAUAAAUAUCAGACAGAAAGUCCCAGCUAUAACUGAUGGUGAUUUCUGUCUCGGUGAAAGUCGUGCUAUCGCCGCGUACAUAGUGAGUGAGUACGGUGAUCAACAAAACAAGCGAUAUCUAUACCCCGCUGAGAACAAGGCUAGAACAAAAAUUGAUCAACAUCUUUAUAUCAGUGAAAAUGUUGUUGAAGCUAUGGUGGGAUAUACGAACGUUGGCGGAGUUCUUAUGCGUGGAGAAAAAAUGAAGGAAGAAAAAAUUGGAGAUGUGAAGAAAUAUUUGGCUAUGCUGGAAGGAUUUUUGACUGAGCACGAAUACACUGCAUCUAACAAUAUAACCAUAGCUGAUUUUUUCUACUACAUGUCUAUCUCGUUUCUGUUCAUAAUUGAUUUCAACAAUUUUGAUGAUUAUCCAAAAUUUGUGGCGUGGACAAAAAAGAUGGAGAAAUUACCAUACUACAAUGAAACAUGUGGAGAGCCUAUCAAGCAGUUUCGCGAAAAAUACCAAACUGCGUUAAAAGAAGGGUUGAAGAAAGCAACAAAAGAAUAAAUGAAAUGGAGUGGUUAAUGAUAUUUUGACAGUAGGACAUUUGAAGAAGUGCCAAAAUACAUUGCAACAAUAUAUUGGUACUCAUCAGAGCCUGUGUUGCGCGAAGCUUAUCAUUUAACAUAUCAAUGAUACUACAAAACAGUUAUUCUUUGUAUGAUCUCAUGUUAAUGUUGUUAAUGAAUUUAUAAAAAAAACGCACGAUUUUGUUGUAAGAAUAUUAUAGAUUCAAGGUAAAGA